GACAUUAUCGCGCACUUCAAACGUAUUUUUUUGUUUGCCCAUCACCGAAAACACCCCAUUUUUGUUGAAGCUAUUUAUUUUUCGUGCGAAAAUGGAGACCUGCCAGUGCGACCUUUGCGCCGCGGCGGUGAAGAGAACCACCGGGUUCCGCACCAUCGGCGCCUACAGCGUGGUGAGGCGGCACGAGCCCAUACCGUACCGCGUGCGCUGGGGCAGGAGCCGGGUCGAUCCGUUCAAGAACCUGAACUUCGGCAGGGCCAUCGUGUAUCCGACGGGACCCCAGCGGGAAUUCGACGGGAAGAUCUCACCCAGGUGGAUACCGGCCAAUGACUUCGUCUCGCAGAAAUCCGUGGCGCAGAACGAGAACAACGAUUUGCUGGAGAGGCCUUUUUGAACGGUGGAUGUACUUUUUUGUUGUUAAUAAAAUGAGCCAUGAUUGAAAUUGAGAGGUUAAUUUAGGAAAAGUCGGUUAAUAAAUCCAAUAAAGCGGAUAUCGAUGAAUGCAAAACGAGAAAAACCCGAAACUUUUGGUCCGUUUUUUUAUCUCCUCUCCUGUUUCGCCUUUUUGGAAUUUUUCUCUCUAAAUGACUGUCGAAAAGCCGAACGGAAUAUUCUUCGUAUUUGCUUUCCGGAGAGGGAAAAGUAAGUCGCCCGGCCGAGAUUAUCAAGUCGAAAGUUGCCCGGAAAACUUUUAAUGAGCAACCGGAAACAGUUGUGGAAAGGCAAAAAAGUUAAUAUUUUAUUAUUAGCUUUUAAC